AUGCAAGCACUGGCCAAUUUCACUUCCGUGCAUGUCCCAAAAGGACGCAAUUGCUUGGAAGGCGCGUGUUGUCCAUGUCGUGAUCGUGCGGGCAGGCCUGUGGUGGCGGUUCUGGGUGCAAAUGGGCGGACAGGUUCCUUGGUGGUCGAGGCUUUACUCCGCGAUGGUUUGGCCGUACCUCGGGCUUUGACACGAAAUGGCACUUGGACCAUGCUGGACAAGGUCUCCGGCGAAGAUGCAAGCAGGGUUCAGCUUGGCAAGGCGGAUGUCGCAGAUCCAUCUUCGUUGGGCGCAGCAUUGGCCGGAGUUUCAGCGGUAGUGUUUGCUGCGGCCUAUGCGCGGGGGAAAACACAGCCAAAGGACGUCGACAACGAAGGUCUCGUGAACUGCGCGAAGGUGGUCGUCCAAGAAGGGAUUGAUCGGUUAAUUGUGGUCAGCAGUGGGUCGGUGACCAGACCGUAUGCUCCUGUUGGCAUCCUUUUAAACACGAUUGGGUCGGGGGUCCUCAACGAGAAGCUGCAGGGCGAGAAUCGGAUGAAGGAGAUUCUGCAAGGAAGCUCGUCAUCGUACACGAUUGUGAGACCUGGCGGAUUGACAACAGACCCUGCGGAUGGUUUUCUGGAGUUGCAGUUUAAUCAAGGCGACACAUAUGUGGGAAAUGUGGCGCGGGCGGAUGUGGCCGCGGUGUGUGCAGUGGCCGCCACAGAUCCUUUGAACAGUGGAGCUGGCAAAACAUUUGAGAUGUUCAAGGCGCGCACUAGAAAUCCGCUGCUCCCAUGGUACCGCGGCAGAACGAGGUACAUGGUUGGUGGCCUCCGUGACUGUGGAGCCAUGCUUGCAAGGCUCAGGCCCGACAAAGAAGUCUACGACGUGCCUGGAAUGUUGCCCCUUUCACUUGAUGACUUUAAGCUAGGCCUGCCACAGAAAUGA